AGUCAAGUUCGAGGAAUGUCACUGAUUAUGAUGCCAUCAACGAUGCCCGCUAGAUUUCUCGUGAGUUUUACUAACAACUACAGAUACUUUAUUAUUUUUCGUCAUAUGUUGUGAUUUUGAAAACAAUUGAUAACAAACAUACAUCCUUAAUGUAAUUGGGUGUGAUUUCUUCAUUAUAGCUAAAGAUCGACGCCUAAUUCAUUCAACUAGAAUUUUGAUUGUAAUAUCAAGAUGAAAGAUUGUAUUUACUGUCGGAUAAUGUGUAGUUUAUAACAUAAAAUGACAAACCAAAUUGACCAACGUAAUGAAACUAAUGGGUCAGUCGUUUCUCACAACCAAUUUACAUACAGUACCGAUCAGCCUAUGUCGGUACCGAUAGUCACUACAGCUCAAACAGAUCAUACAAAUAGAAAUAUCGCCAUUAUAUUAGGCUCAUUUUUUGGAGCUUUAAUAUUCGUUUUGGCUUUCUUUAUUUUGUUGUUCCUUAUUUUCAAAAGGAAAAUACCUAUACGAAAAGCGGAUUUCUCAAUGAGGCGUUUUAAGAUGGGUAACACAACAGAAAUAGAUAUGGUAAAAAAUGAUCCAGCAGUGUUACUUUUAUAUUCUUACGAUUGUGCUGCUCAUGAAAAAGCUGUUAUGGUUUUAGCUACUUAUCUCAAGGAAGUUUGUCAGCUAGAUGUUCAUUUAGAUAUUUGGGACCAAAAUGUUAUUCACGAGCAAGGGGUUUUGAGCUGGGUAUCCAAUAAAUUGGAAAUUGUACAAUUUGUUGUUAUAGUUUGCAGCACGGGUGCUCGUUUCAAAUGCGCUCGGAAUCAAGGGAAUUAUCGGGUUGUGCAAGAUAGACCAGGAAAAUUCGAAAGCGAUGUUUUUCAAAAUGCAAUUUCAGUAGUAAUAGAUAAGAUGCACGCAGCAAAGUCAGGAAAUGGUAAUCUGCAGAAUUUUCUAGUUGUCUACUUUGACUAUUCUUCCACAAAUGAUAUUCCUCCAAAACUCGACUCUGCUCCUACCUUUUGCUUAACAAAAGAUAUUAGCCGAUUUGAACAGCAUUUACGCAAAAGAUUAGAUGAUAAAACUUCAACAUUAUCGUCUAGAACAUCUACUAUUUCCACUCGAACCCAUCGCUCUGAGAGAUCAUUUGAUUCUCAUUAUAAGCGCAUCAUACAAUCUGGUAUUGGACAAGAUUUAGUCAAAGCUGUAGAUGAAGCUAAGGCUUUUUUUAAACAACACCCAGAUUGGUUAGGUGAAAUAUUAGAACCGACACAUAUAGAUAGAACUUUAACAGCAACAACAACUCUCCCAUCGUCCAGUCCAACGAACUCUCUUUCUCCAAGUACAGAGGAUGAGAAACUGCUUACAGAGCGCAAAAGAAAAAGGGAAAAGGGUACUUUAAACGCUUUAGAAAUCGUUAGUCCAGUUGAUUCAGGAAGGGCAACAAUGAGCCCAGAAAAGACGAAUGGUACUGCAAAAUUUGUAGAAGGUGAUAUUAUGGAAGAUGAUGAGCUGUUACAGAGAGACGUAGAUUUUAUAAGAAAUUUGGAUAAGAAUACGCCUCCCCCUUGGAAAAAACCAAAUACUAAAUCAUUCGAACCAUUAGUUUUAAAUGCCUCAAGAUUUGCUCCACUAGCUCGAUUAGAUCCAGAGACUCCUUUAGGAGAUCGAAUCAUACAUUUAAAGGUUGAUAGUAGCGGUCAGGCUGUUUUGGAGUCACCGUCUACUCCAACUGUUCAUGAUUCGAACAGUAUUAAACUAGAACCUCCACCAAGCUCUCCUCAUAGAAGAUUUGAAGGUCGAGGUGUAGUAGCAUGA